GGCUUCACGUGUUCAUCUUUAUGGCUCUCAAUCAUUCGUCUCUCUACACUAAAUCAAACUAUCAUACGCCUCUCAAUGCUGCAAUCAACACCCGAUCCUUCAUCAAUUCCUUGUGUAUAAUACUCUCUUGGCUUACGUUAGCGAUAUUGACUGUCCGAUGGUUGACUCCGACGGCUGAUAUGGAAACCGGUGGUGGUUAAACCCUCUGUUGAAGUCUUCGUUUCUGACCAACAUACCCGACGCAUCCGGAUUUUUCCUUUUUCUUCAAGGUGCUAGAAUGGCUAAAUAAGUAAGAGUAGGGAGUUUGUGGAUUAUAAGAGUACUGUUUGUGAUUAUUUCCAAUUUAUCAGGUUUUAAUAAGAUUGAGCUAUGGGGAUGAUGGAUGAGAAUGGUUGCAAUCGAGAAUCUCAAAGACUUGAAAUGCAAGAAAUGGAGUAUACUAUGAAAACUUUGACUAAACUAGAAUUGGACUUGGCGUAUUCAUCGGAGAAGUUGAUGAAUCUUCAUGUGCUUCUGAUGUGCUUACUUGCUCAGGAGAAUGAUUUUGAGGCUAUGGACUUGGAGAAUGAUUAUAUACCGGAUGAUUCGUUUGGGAAGUUGUUGGUAUUUGAUUUUUUGUCUGGCUUUUUGGAUUCGGAAGUGAGAGAGCUGGAUACUUUCAUGAAUACACUCGAAGCAGAAAUAGUUGAUGCCCGUGGAAUGGCAUCAUCUUCUUGCUUACAAUCAACUGAGGUUUUCAGUGUGUUAGAAGGAAAAUUGAUUGAUUCCGAGAAGUCGCUUGUUCAAUCCCGAAAGCAGAUUUUAGAAGUGAAGAUGCAGUCAACCAAAUUGCAGAGAAUUGUUUUAAGCCGUGGAAAUUGGAGAUUGGAAGAUCCGAUGAUGUCGUCACAAAAUGAUCAAGUUUUCAACAUAAAUGGGAAAUCAAAUACAAUGACUGAACAACAAAGGCAUAUUUUAAGGAUGCUAGAAAAAUCACUUGCAAGGGAGCUAGAUCUCGAAAAGCAGUUGUCUGAAUCAAAGCAACGAGAAGAAGAGCUCAAAAUGAAGCUACACUAUACUGAACAAGUUGCUUUGAGAAUGGAAGAGACUGCAGAAGUUGUUUGGGGUAGGUUUUUAGAGGCAGACAAUAGUGUCGAGAUACUCAUGGGGAUUUCAAAGGAAUUAGUUGGUCGCCUCCAGCUCGUCCAAUUCAAUCUACAUGGUUCAUUUCAACGUGAGCAUGAGAUCAAAACUAAAUUUCAAGAUUGGACAGAGCAGCUAAAUGCAAAAGAAGUGGCUAUACAGAAGCUUGAGAAAAGGAAUGCUGAACUAAUUGCCAAGAACGCUGAACUAGAUAAAUUGAGGGAAGAAGUGAAGUCUCUUGAGGAACAGCUUAAAGAAUUGAGGCUUGAUCUGAAAACUGCAUAUGAAUCAAAUGAAGCAAGUCAAGAUCAGCUUAUUGAAAUGGAAAAUCUUGUUGAGUCACUGAAAGAAAGCAUCUGCAUAUCAGAAAAUAGAGCAGAGAGUGUUGAAACCAAGCUUACACAGCUACAAGAGACAAACUUGGAACUUACCGAAGAGGUGAGUUUUCUUAAAGAUAGUGCAAGCAGCAAAGAGAAAAAGGUUGGUUCACUUGAAAAACAGUUGAGGGAACUAGAGAUUCAACUGCAGCAUGCAAAAUCAUCAUCAGAAGCAAGUCAGGAGCAACAAAACAUGUUAUAUUCUGCAAUAUGGGACAUGGAAACUCUCAUUGAGGAUCUUAAAUCCAAAGUAUCUAAAGCUGAAAGUAAGACUGAUAGUGCAGAGGAGCAUUGCAUUAUCUUGUCUGAAACCAAUUUCGAACUCAAUAAAGAACUUACUUCGCUCAAGGGUCGAGUGGAGUUCUUAGAGAAAGCACUGGAUCAAGUCAACGGUGAAAAAUAUGCAAAUGCAAACGAAAUUAACUUGAGUUCCAAGUUUAUCAUGGACAUGGUGCUCCAACUAGCUGUUGAAAGGGAUCGGAUUCAGAGACAGCUAUCCAUUUUGACAAACGAUAACAAAGCUCUGAUUGAGAAAUUGAAAAAUAUAAGAGAUGGUGCAUCUAUAGUCACACGUGACAGAGAAGAUUACGACGAGGAGGAACGUUCAGCUCCAAAGAAGGAUGUAAAUAUACUGGCUCAAUGAUAUCUGAGGAAACUUUUAUGAGUCUUUAGGAAAAGGGGUCAAGAGGCAGGGGCAUCAGAUUACUAAAGGACCUUAAUAAAAGCGCACCCAAGUGUUGGGCUGAAGGUACUUCUUCUGUAUCCAUAAGUUAACAUAUGCUGAGAAUGUCUCAAAACCUUAAGUUGUGAAGGUUGUCAGGUACAAAGAUUUCUGUGUGUAUUCUUCUUAUUAUUUUGUUUUACUUAUUUUAGUAUCAUUGUAUUCUUUUAUCCAGAGUCUUCCCCAUUCUAUGGUUCUUUGUGGUUAAAAUUUCCAUGACCUUUGGACCCAAAAAGGGGGAAAAUUUCUUGGCCAUUCCCCCUUGUAUUCAAUUGUUGUUGUCAAAUAGAUUUGUUUUAGGAGGUUGUGUUGGUAGAUUGUGUUAUAUUAUCUUUAUUGCUCAAAUGUGAAUAUAAACUAUUGUAUUUGGAUGUAUAUUGUAUUUGGAUGUAGAUAUAUGUUUUUGGAUUUAACCUGGUUCUCUCUUGGAAUUUGGGGCUGUUUCGAAACUCGUAAUAGAAUUGGAAUGCAUUCUAAUGCAUCUUAAAUUUAUGUUUGAUUUGAGCACUUUAAGCUCGAGUUGUAAUAUUAAACUCAUUUCGUUUUUGCAUUUUUCAUUUAAA